AUGAACCCGAUUCAUUGCUUGCGGUCAAGGUAUGUGCACAAACACGAUCCGCCUUGUAUCUUCUACCAGAUUGGGAAGGAGCACUUGCUGGAACCCAAUCCAAAGCUUGGCUUGUUUUACAGCGCGCCUGAGUGGAACAAUGAACAGCCAUCAACAUUUGUGGAGCUGACCCAGCUGGCAAGACGGUCGCUAGCGACUGCAAUCGUCCCAAUUGGUGGUCAACUGCACCGGCCGAAGGAUAUCAAGACAGGAUCCGUGGCCUUCCGGAACACCAUCAGGGGCACUGGAGAACCCAGUAGAGCCAGUGAACCCGCAGAAAGGACGGAGAGUCCCGUGGAGCGGCUGAAAGGUGCCCCCAAAGAGAUGCCUCGAAAAAGCAUGGUCACCUUUGCGUGUGAUGACGAAGAAUGA